AUGGUCAAUUAAUCAAAAUAAUUUAUGGGAAUGAAAAUAAAAAUUAGAAGGUCAUGUUAAUUUUAUUAGAUGUGUUUUAAUUAAUAAAACUGACAAUCUUAUCAUUUCAGGUAGUGAUGAUUUGACAACAAAAUUUUGGCACAAAUAAUAUUAAUGGAAUUGUUAGUAAACUAUUAAUGAUCAUAAAAAUAGAAUAUUAGUAUUAAGUAUAACUGAAUAAUAAAAUAAAUUAAUUACAUGCAGUGAAUAUAAGUCAAUACUAAUGAUCGAAUCUUAAGAAUCAGAUAGAAAAUGGGUUGUAAAAAAAAGGAUAGUUGUAGAAUAGUAUGGAUUAAGAUUAUGUUUUAUAAAUGAUGAUUUAUUUGCAUUUUAACCAAAUAAUAGAUAAUACAUGCAUACUUAUUAGAUAUAAAAUGAUUAAAUUAUAAAGAAAUCAGAAAUAGAUUUUUAAAAUAGUCCAGAUAUUUACUCCUUGUUUUCUUAAUAGUAUAUAUAAGAAAAACACCUUCUCUUUAAUAAAAAUGGCUUCUAUGUUCAUAUUAUAAGAUAGAAAGAUGAUAAUUAUUUUAUAAUAGAAUAAUCUAUUAAUUUAGGAAUCUAAAAUUUUUAUGGAGCAGUCAGUGAGGAUGGAAAAUAGUUAAUUACAUGGGACAGCUUGUUAAAAGUAAUUUAAGUGAGAAUGUAAUAUAAAUAGUUAGUAAAAUAAAUGGAAAAUAGAUAUAAUUAUAUAUAUUAAUUAAUUUUUCUUAACUAUGAAAAAAAUAAAGUAAAAGUAACAAAAUAAAAACGGAAAUAAGAUUCAAAAAGUUAAAUUGUAAAAGAGGAAGAAAGAAAAGAUUUCAGUAAAAAAUUAAUAAAGUAAUAAUUUAGUAUAGAUAUUAGUGGAAUUAUAUGAUUAAGAGAAGAAUCUUAAAUAAAAAGAACAAUCAAAAAAGUCAAGCUUAAAUUCUGAAAAAUUAUUAAUAAACAGAGGACUUUCAUUAUUGCGUUAAAGAAAAUUUGAAGAAUCAAUUAUUUAAUUUGAUAAAGUAAUUAAAUUAAGUCCUUCAAAUGAUGAGGCCUAUGUUAAUAAAAGUAUUAAUUUUAGAAUAUCAGGCGCUGCAUUAAUAGAAUUGAACUAAUUCGAACAAGGUUUAUAGGUAGCAAAAAUAGCCAUUUAAAAAAAUCCAAAAAAUGAUGAAGCAUAUAAUAAAUUAGGUAUUCUAAAAAAUAUAUAAUUUAGGUGCCGCAUUACUUAAUCUUAAUGAAUAAGAGGAAGCAAUAUUAUAUUUUUCAAAGGCCAUCAAUCUAAACCCCAAAAAUGAAUUUGCUCAAUUUAAUAUGGGUAUUUCUAAUUAUUAUAAUAGCUAAUUUGCUAAGAGAAUUGGAUAGACCUAAAGAAGCAAUCGAAUAUUAUAAUAAUGCAAUUAAAAUAAAUCCAAUUGACAUUGAAUAUUAUAUGGAAAAAGGUAAUCUGUGAAUAAUCUUUAGCAUUUUGCUUACAAGUGCUAAAAAAAUAUCAAAAUGCGAUUAAAUGUUUUAAUCAAGCACUAUCUCUUAAUCCAAAUGAAGAAAUAACCUAAACUUUGUUAAUGAAUAAAGGUAAAAUAAUAAAAUUGAUUAAUCAGGUUAUUCAUUAGGUUGUAUUAAACAGUUUUAGGAAGAAUUAAACUGCUACAAUAGUGUCAUCAUGAUAAAUCCAAAAAAUAAAGAAGUGUAAAAAUUGAUAAAUGAUUUAAAAUUAAAAAUCAAUAAUCACAAAAAACCUAAUGAUCAUAACUAAUAGCAUGAAAAGAAGCAGAAAAUUAAAUAAGUACCGAAGAAAAAGAAUAAUAUUUGA